GCCGGCAAGCCCCCAAUCUCUCGCCUGCCCGACUGGCGGUGCCGCCACCCGCACCGCCGCCUGCCCGACCGACUCGGGUCGCCUCCGCCCGCGCCCUCACACCUCGCCCGCGCCGCCACCUGCCCCGCCUCACGUCGUCGGUGCCCCUCACGACCCUGGCCCACACCUCCCUCGCGGCGCUCCCAGUCCGCUUGCCGCCCUGCCUCAUGGCGAGAGGGGAGGUGAUUUGGUCAAGCCGUCUGCGGUCCAGGUUUCUGGUGGCGACUGCUGCAGGUGUGCCGCCGCUACGACUGCGCCUUGGGCGUGGCCGCUUCAUCCCGGUGGCCCGCUGGCUUGCCUACACAGCCUGAAGGCUGGGGCGAGCUGCCAUGUGAUCUGAUAAAGCGGAUUGUCAAGGAUUAUCUGUCUUGUGGAAUCGACAGACUACGCCUCUCAUGGAUCAACCCGCACUGGGGCAAGACCAUCUGCGAUAUGAAGCUGCCAGAACUGCCGUGGAUGUUCCUUCCUUCAAGCAGCACUCCGAUGUUUUUCGAACCUGUGACUCGGUGCCUGCACAAGAUCUGGCUUCCGGCUGCACUUAAGAGUGGGCGGCUGUGUGGGUCACGGGGGCCAUGGGUAUUCAUCAGUACUAAGGACCCGGAGCCACAAUUCACUCUAUACAACCUAUGCAAUGGAGAGAAGAGGGGUCGCAUUGACCUGCCGUUGACGAUACUGGACAAGCAAGGGGUGACUCGCUGCGCCAGGGUUGAGAUGGCAGCCCUCUCACUCCCCCCUUCAACCGCUGGGUACACGGUGGCUGCCGUGGUACACAUUGGCCAAUCCCUUGAUUACACCAUAGCGACGUGGGAGUUCAAGGAGGAUCACUGGACCGAGAUUGGGAGUGCAGCAGACAGGGUGCUGGACAUUUUGUUCUAUCAGGGCUCCUUCCACUUCCUCACGUCCAAUGAAGAUCUCAUCAGGCUUGUUCCGGAGGGCCCCUCCUUCAGAAUGCUGAGGUAUCAUGUUGAGUUACGCUCGAGCAAACCGCUGGAUGAUCUCUAUGAAGCUCAGGAUGGUACCAUGCUGAGGAGGUACCUGGUGGAGUCCACAGCAGGACAUCUUCUGUUUGCCGUGAAGAAGACUCAUUGUAGCAAGAGGACGGUUGAUAUCAAAGUUUUCCGUCUGUCUGUUGACGAUGCCGGCCAGGCCACAUGGGUCCACUACAAGAACACAGCGGGUGAAAUGAUUUACCUAGGUCAGGCUUCUUCCAUAUCAUGUGUCACUCAGUCUGAGCCCACUAUCCAUUUUCUUGAUGACCGUCUGGUGAAGAGCGAGGAUGAGGCGGAUCGCUACCACAGGAGGGACAUGGGAGGGUUGCGACCCCAUGUCCUCCAGGUUAGUUGGUACAGUUACCGAACACCAAACGAGGAAUCCAGGUUCAGCUAUCGAGCACCAGAUGACAUAGGAGCGACUGACGUACCAACACCGGUUUGGUGCGAGCCCCAGUCUGAUGGAUCUACCAUGUGACUGACUGCCACUCCUGUGACCAUCAUCGUCAAUGCUUAGUCCAGCUCCGCUUGUUUUCAUGGAUUGACAUUACCCUUUUCUCUCUUUACACAUUAUAUAUAUAGAGAGAGUGUGCUAGCUGUAUGUGGAUUCUGCUUUCUAGGAUUGCAAUUCCUGGAAAAGGGGAAUUUCCGAGUAUUGGUUCUACCAUGUGAGUGACCGUCACUCCUGUGACUAUCAUCGUCUCUCUGCUUGCGUAGUCAUAAUGCGUCCUUUCAGAUUUUGCUUGUAUGAAAGGUGAUUGUUACAUGGUUAGUAAUAACAGAGACAAUUCUAGUGAUUUU